AUGUACAACUUGGUGCAUCCGCUUGAUCUUCAGUACUUCUCUAGGGCACAUGAACAAUUGAUAAAGACGGGAAGCAGCGGCAUGGUCGUCUACCGCGUGGUCAGCAAGAACAUGAAGGUCCUCUGGAUGCAGACCAACUGCAAACUCCUCUACAGGAGCAGCAAACCGGAAACCAUUGAAGCAUUCAAUCGCCUGCUCACGGAGGAUGAAGGUUUGAACCUGCUUUCGAAGCGGAACCAGCAGUUCACAUUGCCAUACAGCCAGUCUAACCAGAUCUUCAAUGACUUACGAACGCACGAACCAACAUUCCAACAGAGUGUUGACAAAUUCGAAACAUUUCACAAUCAAAUGAUUUCGAUGGACAUUCCACGGCUGAAGGCGGUGAACGUAGAAGAGCACCCACAACCGACAUCCAGAACUGACCACCACCACACAUCAUCAGUGAAAAAUAUUUACUACGCUGUUAAUGAAUACGACUACACAUAUCAGUACGGAGAUGCGAGCCAACAUGAGCUCACCAACCGUCUUAUCUGUGAAGUUGGCGCUGCUCACCGCAAGCCUUCGUUUGACUGCAACAUCCAGCAGAGCGUUGUGAACAACGGCUACGACUACAUGAACGUGAGCAACUUGAAGAACAACAACUCCAACAACUCUUUGUCGAAUGCGAACGUGUUAAGCAACAUAACAAACAACAACAUCGUCAACAAUAAUGUUAUGAACAACAACAUUACAACAAACAUCAUCAUCAACAACAACAACAACAACAGUAUGAAUACUAAUAGCAACAUCGGUGCAAAUAACAACGUGAUAAGAAAUAACCAAAUAAGCGAUUUGAAUAUCUCAACUAACAACAACAACACAAAUAAUAAUUUAAUGAAGAGCAACAACACAAACAACAACCGCAGCAUAAAUAACAACGUUCCUAUUAACAAUUCAAGCUACGCUAUCAUCGACAAACUUGCAAAAAACGCCUUCGCUGCACUCACAACACCACAAACAACAACAACAACAAAUAACAUCGUUCUUUAUGAUAACUGGAUCAACAAUACUAACAUCACUUUAACAAACAACAACUUCAAUCCAGCUAACGUUAAUUUGUUUAGCAGCAGCAGCAACAACAACAACAACACAACUUUAACUAACACAACAUACGCUGGUCAACAUGUAUUACAAUGUCCGAAAAAUAACAUCAACAACAGCAGCAAAAAUAUCAAUAAUAACAACAACAGCAGCAACAUUACCACACGCAACAACAUCAGUUCUAACAACAUUAUAACAACAACAAUUUGCAACAAAGACAACAGCAGCCAACAAAUUCAAACACGAGGUUCGGUCAUAAAAGUGAAGUCAAUUAGGAGCAAUAACAAGUGA